CUCUCUCCCUCACUCUCUCUCUCUCUAUCUCUCUCUCUUUCUUUGUCCGACAGUUUCUUUCUUUUCGUUUCUUAUCUUUCCACCCCACUCCACUCCACUCAAACACUGUUAAUAUCUACCCCAAUUGCUCUCCCGCCCCACAAACUAUCCCAUAAAAAAAGAAUGUCGAUUUCCGCAAGACUGGCCACUCAGGUGCGGGGCAAGGUGUUGUCGAGUCUCCCCCGAUCUGCGGCCACUGGCCUGGUUGCCUGCUCUUCCCUGCGGAUUGCCCAGCAACUGAGACCGCAGCAGAUGUCCUGUUCUCCUUCUUGGACAAAUCAUCCGACGCAGUCAGGAGUCCACAUGCGCAGCUACAGCAGUCGCCCAGCCGAGCCCGAUCUUCAUCACGUCCGCCCAAAGGUCACACUCGCAACCCUGCGCAAGCUAUACAAGCGUAAGGAACCUAUUACCGUCAUGACCGCCCACGACUUCCCUACAGGCUCACUGGUCGACAAGGCCGGCAUUGAUAUGACCCUGGUUGGCGAUUCCCUCGCAAUGGUCGCACUCGGCUACACUUCCACCUCUGAGAUUACCCUGGACGAGAUGUUGCACCACUCCCGAGCAGUUGCCCGAGGUACCCGUUCCAGCUUCUUGGUGGCCGACAUGCCCUUUGGCACAUAUGAAACCAAUGCGGACCAGGCUGUCAACAACGCUGUGAGGAUUUUGAAGGAGGGCAAGGCCGAGGCCGUCAAGUUGGAAGGUGGCAAAGAAAUAGCCCCUACGGUCGCUCGUCUCACCCAGGUUGGCAUCCCAGUUCUGGGCCACAUCGGCCUCACACCCCAGCGUCAAGCCAGCCUUGGAGGGUACAAAGUCCAGGGCAAGACGGUCGCCAAGGCUAAAGCAAUGAUGGAGGAUGCACUGGCGCUCCAGCGAGCCGGAUGCUACGCAAUUGUUCUUGAGGCUGUCCCCGAACCCGUCGCAAGGCACAUCACGAACAUUCUUUCGAUCCCGACCAUCGGCAUUGGCGCAGGUGCAGGUUGCUCUGGCCAGGUACUUGUCCAGCAGGACAUGCUGGGUCUGUAUGGUCGUGUGCCUCGCUUCUGCAAGACAUACCGUAACCUGGCGGAUGAGAUCGUUGGAGCAUUGCAGGAGUACAGUGCAGAUGUCAAGUCCGGAGCGUUCCCAGCGGAGGAACACUGUUAUCCUAUGCCUCAAGCGGAGCUGGAUCGGUUCAUGCAUAUGAUUGCAGAAGAGAAGCAGCACGAGGAACAAAGCGUGAGUCCAGAGGCAGUUGCUGCGGGACUCGCGUAACAUAGGAGCGGACAAGCAGCACGAUCUAUCUAUCUAUCUAUCUAUCUAUCUAUCUAUCUAU